AUGGUAGGAGAAUUAUGUUGCACCGAAUCCAACAAUCACUCCACUUUCCGCCGUUGGGCUACGCUGAGAUACAUACUUACUCGCAAGUGGCCCGCGUGCAUACAAGCUACUGGUGGUAGUGCAGACCAGAGCGAAGAUUGCCUGAGUAUCAACAUCCGGACAAAGCCCCAAAGCGGAGAACGCAGCUCCAGCGAACUUGGGUACAAUGGCAAGUUCAUUGCAGACCAGACUGACUUUGUUCUGAUCUCAUUGAAUUAUCGUCUUAACAUUUUUGUUUUCCCUCGUAACCCCGCGACACCUGCAAACCUUGGUUUGAUGGAUAGGAGACUGGCAAUGAAACGUAUCCGUAACAACGUUGAAAAGUUUGGUGGCGAUGUCGACCGCAUUUCUGUCUUCGGUCAGUCUGCAGGCGCUGGGACGAUAGAUUUCUACUCAUACGCAUGGGCUGAAGACCCCAUCGACAACGGAUUCAUCUUGUUGAGCGCCACAGUUAAUGGCUUCCCGCACUUAGCAGCGAGACUCAGGCUGCAAAGUGGUUCCAAAUUGCUGCCUCUUCGGGUUGCAACAGAAUAG